CAGUGCAAAUUGAUAACAAAGUGCAAAAAUUAUAAUAAUAUAAGAUUUAUAUAAAUCUUAACGAAAGUUCGAAAUUUGUUGUGCUUCAAAUUGGACGCGACGCCUGCGCAGCUGCAAAUUCUAAUUGGAUAUUGUGCCAAGCGGAAACGGAAGCGUCUGCACGCCAUUUGCCAGAAGGAGAGUUCGUUCAUGUAUUUAUGAGUCUCGUUUGUCGGAACACCCAGCACGCAAUCCAUGUGGCUGAUGCAUUGACAGUGCUCCGCAGAGACACUUGUCGCCCAGCUGAGUGAGCCGCGUGCUCGGUUGAGCUGUGAGAGGAAAAAUGUUUUCACGGCAGCCGGCCGCUGGCGGCGCGGAUAUUUAUCAGGAUGAGGCAACAACGACGCUGCGUUCAGCGUUUCCCAACUCUCGACUGGAUUCGCUGGCGGCGCAUCCAACGCCCGCGAAUCAACCAGAUCCCAACAUGGACAGCCAACUGGCUGCGCCCGAUCCAACCGAACUGGGCGGCGCCAGUGCUGGCUAUAAUCCGCUGGACGACGACUGGUGGUCCAAUGCCAUUGAGGUGGACACGUUCGAUUCGCCGCUGGCCUUCGAUGCCAGCGAGAAUGGGCUGUGGAACGGACAUUUUGUGCCACCGCCGCCGCGUCCACCCUUUCUGGAUGAAAGCGUCGCCGCUGACGGCCUGACCACCUGUGAUCUAUGCACGUGGGCCUGGCAGCGUAAUGCCUACUCCCUAGACGGUUCGAUAGAUACCGCUGGCGAACUUGGAUGGGUAUUCACCCUAAUUGUAGUCUCAAUCAUAUCGGGUCUUAUAGGUGCUAUUGUAAUGGUCAUAUUUCUAAGAUGUAGAAGAAUUAAAUCAGCGAAUGCCAAUGGUGGUCGGCCACAGCCGUGGUGGUGUCGUAACAAUCGCAACGGCGGCGGCCAGAAUCGUUCGCCAAUCUCUAUUAAGCAUUCGGCGGACAGCAUACGCCGGCCGACAAGCAACUCGGGCGUCUGGACUUGGCUGGGCGGCAGUCGACGCUCGUCGGCGGGACCGGAUCAGAUUGGUCCGCCAUCGACAUCACCCGCCGAGAAUCAUUAUACCCACAUGGACGAUGCGUACAGUCCGGUGGGCGUCAGCGAAGCACUCUAUGCGGAGCUCGAUCGCGAGUCAGUGCGUUCGGCAAAUCCGUCUUAUCAGAAUACGGCGUACAGUCAGUGUGGCGAGAAAUACAAUUUCCAGGCACACGAGCAAGACAUUCCCAUGGUCGUUUCCUCAGCGCCGAGCAGUGCCUACUACUCGGAUCUGUCCGUAACCGCCAUGCCGGGCGGCGCCAGUGGCAGCAAUCAGGGCGCCUACGAGAUUGUUGGCCUAAAUGUCAUGUCCCAACCAUUGCCCAAUUGGGAGCAUCACGGCGGCGGCGCUGGCGGUGGCAAUGGCGUUGGAGGCGUGGCCACCACCACUGGUCUGGCGCCGAACGAUGCUGCCAUGACGCAGCGUCGCAUGCCACGUCUGGCAGCCAUCAAUGAGACGAGCACCAGCACCGUGCCCUCAGACUAUGUCUGAGCAGCCGGCUACAGCCGCAGGAGCAAUUAAUUUGUAAUUUAUAUACGAGAUAUGUGACUUUAAAAAAGUAGAAAGAACAAGAAAUGCGAGCUUAACAUGUUAAUGAAUUACGUUAAACACAAUCUAUAUAAAUAUAGUAUACAAUUAGG